AUGGCGUUGAUGUUUACAGGACAUUGCUUAUUUUUAACAUUAGCGGUGUUUGCUUUCUCUGCUUUUGAGGACUCCGUGAGCAAUUACUCUGACUGGGCAGUUUUCACAGAUGACCUGGAUCAGUUUAAGACACAGGAAGUGCAAGAGUUCAGACCCAAUCAAAAGCUUCCGAAAAGUGUGCCUCAUCCAAGUUUAUAUUUCGAUGCUGGAGACAUCCCAGCCCUGAGACACCGGUCUCGCACAAGCCAUCUGCAUCUUUUCCGAGCGAUCAGAAGCGCAGUGACAGUUAUGCUCUCCAAUCCCACCUACUACCUACCUCCACCCAAGCACGCUGACUUUGCUGCCAAGUGGAAUGAAAUUUAUGGCAACAACCUGCCUCCGUUAGCGUUGUACUGUUUGUUAUGCCCAGAAGACAGAGUGGCCUUUGCGUUUGCCUUGGAAUACAUGGACAGGCUGGUCGGCUACAAAGACUGGCUGGUGGAGAACGCUCCUGGGGAUGAGGUUCCCAUCGGCCACUCCUUAACGGGCUUCGCCACCGCCUUUGACUUUUUAUAUACCUUGUUAGAUCAUCCCCGGAGACAGAGGUACCUGGACAAGAUAUGGGCUGUUACUGAGGAGAUGUAUGAGUACUCCAAAGUCCGCUCGUGGGGCAAACAACUGCUGCAUAAUCACCAAGCCACCAACAUGCUGGCCCUGCUCACUGGCGCCCUGGUGACCGGGGCGGGCCGAGGCGCCCAAGUCAGCGUGUGGAAGCAGGUGGUGGUGGAUGUGAUGGAAAAGACCAUGUUUCUGCUGAACCACGUGGUGGACGGCUCCUUGGAUGAGGGAGUGGCCUAUGGGAGCUACACCGCCAAGUCGGUCACGCAGUAUGUUUUUCUGGCCCAGCGCCAUUUCAACAUCAACAACUUGGAUAAUAACUGGUUAAAAAUGCAUUUUUGGUUCUAUUAUGCCACCCUUCUGCCGGGCUUCCAAAGGACCGUGGGGAUAGCGGAUUCCAAUUACAAUUGGUUUUACGGUCCUGAGAGCCAGUUGGUCUUUCUGGAUAAGUUCAUUUUAAAGAACGGAGCGGGCAACUGGCUGGCGCAGCAGAUCAGAAAGCACCGGCCCAAGGACGGGCCCAUGGUGCCCUCCACUGCCCAGAGGUGGAGCACUCUUCACACUGAGUACAUCUGGUACGACCCCCAGUUCGCCCCACAACCUCCUCCAGAUUACGGUACAGCCAAAAUGCACAUGUUCCCCAACUGGGGGGUUGUCACCUACGGGGCCGGGCUGCCAAAUACCCAGGCCAAUACCUUUGUGUCUUUUAAAUCUGGGAAGCUGGGGGGCCGAGCUGUGUAUGACAUAGUUCACUUCCAGCCGUACUCCUGGAUCGAUGGGUGGAGAAGCUUUAACCCAGGACAUGAACAUCCAGAUCAGAACUCGUUUACCUUUGCCCCCAACGGGCAGGUGUUUGUUUCUGAAGCUCUCUACGGACCGAAGCUGAGCCACCUGAACAACGUGCUGGUCUUCGCGCCCUCCCCCACAAGCCAGUGUAACCAGCCCUGGGAAGGGCAGCUGGGAGAAUGCGCACAGUGGCUCAAGUGGACCGGGGAGGAGGUGGGUGAUGCCGCUGGGGAAAUCGUGACGGCCUCUCAGCACGGGGACAUGCUGUUCGUAAGUGGAGAGGCCGCGUCUGCUUAUUCUUCAGCAAUGAAACUGAAAAGUGUGUAUCGCGCUUUGCUUCUCCUGAAUUCUCAGACGUUGCUAGUUGUUGAUCACGUGGAGAGGCAGGACGAUUCCCCGAUACAGUCUGUCAGUGCCUUCUUUCAUAAUCUGGAUAUUGACUUUAAGUACAUCCCCUAUAAGUUCAUGAGCCGCUACAAUGGCGCCAUGAUGGACGUGUGGGACGCGCACUACAAGAUGUUUUGGUUCGAUCAGCACGGCCGUAGCCCCGUGGCCAGCAUCCAGGAAGCAGAGCAGGCUGCCGAAUUUAAGAAACGGUGGACGCAGUUUGUGAACGUCACCUUCCAGAUGGCAUCCACUGUCACCAGAAUCGCGUACGUCUUCUACGGGCCCUAUGUCAAUGUGUCCAGCUGCAGAUUUAUUGAUAAUUCCGACUCUGGUCUCCAAAUUUCUCUUCAUGUCAAUAACACGGAACACAUUGUGUCCAUGGUGACGGACUACCCCAACCUCAAGACGAGAUUCGAUUACCUGGGAUUUGGUGGCUUUGCCAGUGUGGCCGAUCAGGGCCAGAUAACCCGCUUCGGUGUGGGCACGGAAGCCAUCGCAAAGCCUGUGAGACGUGACAGAGUCAUCUUCCCCUUUGGGUUUAAAUUUAACAUAGCAGUGGGGUUGAUUCUGUGCAUUAGCUUGUUGAUUCUGACUUGCCAGUGGCGCUUUUACCUUUCUUUUAAAAAGCUGAUGCGGUGGAUACUCAUCCUCGUUAUUGCCUUGUGGUUCAUCGAGCUGCUGGACGUGUGGACCUCUUGCACCCAGCCCAUCUGUGCCAAGUGGACCAGGACAGAGGCCGCGGCCAAUGCCAAGACCUCGCCCCCCGAGGGCCACCACCUCCACCUUCCCAAUGUUGUCAUUACCUCACUUCCUGGGUCAGGAGCGGAAAUUCUCAAACAACUCUUCUUCAACAGCAGUGAUUUUCUGUACAUCAGGGUGCCCACUGCCUACAUCGACAUCCCGGAGACCGAAUUCGAGAUCGACUCGUUUGUGGACGCCUGUGAGUGGAGGGCGGCGGACGUCCGCGGCACGCGCUUUCGCCUGCUCCGGGGCUGGCUGCAGUCUUUAGUCCAAGACACGAAGCUACACUUGCAAAACAUCCACCUGCACGAACCCAGUAGAGGAAAACUGGCCCAGUAUUUUGCAGCGAAUAAAGACAAGAAAAGGAAAUUAAAAAGAAGAGAGUCUUUGCCCGAGCAAAGAAGUAGGAUGAAAGGCGCCUUUGACAGAGAUGCUGAAUACAUUAGGGCUUUGCGGAGACACCUGGUCUUUUACCCAAGCGCGCGGCCUGUGCUCAGUUUAAGCAGUGGGAGCUGGACCUUAAAGCUUCCUUUUUUCCAAGAGGUUUUAGGAGCCUCCAUGAGGGCAUUAUACGUAGUAAGGGACCCGCGGGCGUGGGUUUACUCAAUGCUGUACGGUAGUAAGCCAAGUCUUUACUCUUUGAAGAAUGUACCAGAACACUUAGGUAAAUUGUUUAAAAUAGAGGGAGGUAAAGGCAAAUGCAACUUAAACUAUGCGGUUGAGUAUGAAUCGUUGAGGCAAGAACUGUCCAACUCCAGGUCAAGCACAGUCUCUCUGCUGUCGCAUCUGUGGCUGGCAAACACAGCAGCAGCCUUGAGAAUAAGCACAGACUUACGGCCAGGCAGCUACCAGCUGGUCAAGUUCGAAGAUAUUGUGCGUUUUCCUCAGAAAACCACUGAAAGGAUUUUCGCUUUUCUUGGAAUUCCUUUAUCUCCUGCUAGUUUAAACCAAAUAUUGUUUGCCACCUCCACGAACCUUUUCUAUCUUCCCUAUGAAGGGGAAAUAUCAGCAACAAGCACUCAUGUUUGGAAACAGAACUUGCCUAGAGAUGAAAUUAAACUGAUCGAAAACAUCUGCUGGACGCUAAUGGAUCGUCUGGGGUAUCCAAAGUUUAGGGGCUAAAUGCUGCAGGUCAGCAGAAAUUUGCACUAAUGCUUUCCCGCCCAAUUCAUGGCUAUGAAUUUGAAGUGUUUGUUCAUUCUUGUACGGCGUGUGUGAUUGUGUGUGAGUGUUUGCGUGCAGCGUGUUCCUUGCACAGACACUAUUUGAAAAGUAGGCACCAUGUUUGGGCUAACAGGAUUUAUUUUUCUCACCAGAGUCCUUGCUUCUGCUACUGAAUUUUUUUCUGCAAAAAUAUUUCUGCUCCAGCGGGGUUGGUGAACUUCUAUCAUGGGUGUCUGGGGAGAAGGGACGUUUUUCCUCUUAACUUGCCUUCAUCUGUAACUGCUCUUCAGUCUUGAACCUCAACAGCAGUGAUUGCUGUAGGCCUUAGCUGUGGCUUCCCUCAAACAACUCUGGCUUCAGGACUGACUGCUGACCCCCUUAUCUGUUUUACAAGGUCACCUUGCACACCUCUUGCACUUUGACACUAGUGGUUGUCAUGCCCAGUGCUGUCUCUGGGGAAAUGGUUCAACACCUACCAGAAGAACAGGAUUUCUUCUGGGAAAUACAGAUGGAAAUACAGAAUUUUUUUUUUUUCCUUCUUGAGGUCAGAAUCAGCAACCUGAAAAGCCCUCCUGCAAGUAUUUUACUUAAGUCUUUGAAGCAUCUGGGUGUCAGGGCACCUGGAGCAUUUUAGCUGCUUCUCUGUUAAAACACCUUCUUGUCCUCCUUAAGGCCACACUGCUCACUGGCACGGUCCUCCUGUCCUGUCCUUUCUGUCACUGUCUUGCAAAAACAGCCAGCUCUUACUAAUUGCUAAGCUCCUGAUAUUUGUGGGUAUUUUUUCUUCCCCAUUGUGAUUAAUUUUGCACCAAAGCUUGACACAAACUUAGCAUCAAAUUUCUUUCUUUUUGUGGAAUUAUCAAUGGAUGACUAAAGAAAGCUGGGCCGCUGCUGUGAGGUUUUUUUUUUUUUUUUUGGAUUGGAAACAGAAUUGGACAAUUGCCUGACUUUUCUUGUAUCCCUUUGAAUGAGUGUACAGACCGCCAGUGUCUGCAGAAGUUGAAGGCAAAUGGGAGAUGAUGUCAGAGGCAUCUGUUUCCUUUACCAUCUGCAUCUUAUUAGAAAUGGAGCCAUCAUAAAAUGUGGCGCGUUUUAUUUUGGUCGUCUUUGAAAUCAAAAUGCUAGACCAUGAUAAGCCAUGGAGUAAUGACAAAGUAGUGGAUGAGAAAAGGCUGGUAGCCAGCGUGGGGACUUGAACAUCGCUGUACAGGCUGCUGUCUUCCCCUGACGGUUCAAACCACCAGUCCCCCCAGCUCUGUAAUACUCGGGAGUCUGUCACUCUGACCUAGAUAAAAGUGGUUCUUUCUCAGUAGUUUGUUAUUAUGUCAAAAUGUGCCUCCAGAGUGAUAAAGCCUGGAUGUGUUACAUUCCCGCGGAAACUGACUUGCCUGUCAUUUCUCUUCCAUUAGAGUGAGUGGACCCCACUGACACCCCCCCAAAAAGACUCUCCUUCCUUCUACAGCUGUCACUGCUUUCUCUACACUGUUGAAAUGAAGGAAAAAUCAUUCUUGUAUUCGUCUAGGUGAAGAGGAAAACAGAAGACCUGAAUCUGUAUUAUUCUCGAGGAAGAUUGCUCUCUCUAGCUCAGGGUUCUCAGCCAGCACGUAAAAUUGCUCCACGGACGAUAACACUAUUGCCAUUACUGGUCAGACUCCCAGUGUUUGCUUUCGGCUCCCGGGAUGUGUGGUCUCCAAUCAGAUCAAAUCAAACGGCUCUGGUUGGCAGGAGUAUUAAGUCUGAUCGAGUCGAGAUCCUGGCGUGGGGGUCCAGGACUUUCCCAGCUGCUGUGUGGUUGCUGCUGGGGAGCUGCCUCCGAGACUCACCUGGACAAGCGCUGGUGCCAAGCUCACGUGGAAGCUGGCGAGAUUCGGUUGCUUGUGAGCUCUGGACUGAAAGCCUGUUUUUCCUAGCUGUUGGCUGGAUGGAGUUCACCUUUCAUCAGUCGCUAUCUGGGUUUCUCCAUAUGGCCCUUUACUCUGUGAAAACCGGGAGGGGAGGAUCAACAGACAACCGAGGUUCAUUAGCCCACUGCGGAAGUGACGCCCACUCAACUCAGGUCAGCAGCAGGGUGUGCGUCUCACUGCUCCCUCAGGAAAGGGGCACACCAGGGCCUGGGUACCAGGAGUGGGGUCACCGACAGUUUCAGGGUCUAUGCUCCCAAGCUGUCUGUUGAAUGUAACUACUCUAUGUGACUUAUGUUCAUUGUUGCUCUUCUAAGAUUUUUCUUUUUCUUUCAUGAGUUACCUGUUGCCGAGAGUAAAGGAUUGAGCAACCUUUCUUGUCCAUGAACCUUGGAUGCCACCUCCAUCCCACACCUGGCCCUUGUCAGUCUAUUUCUGACCUCACCACCACCCCGCUGGUGAACUUGAUUGUGCCAAUGACAAUACCACACUGUCUUAAGGUCACUGGUCUUUUUGUUAGCCUCAGAAUCUGGCAAGACUGAUCUUUGCAUUUUUGGUCUCAUUUUGUCUUAGAUCGUUUUAAGCUUCUGUUCUUGCCUGUGCAUUUUAGAAUUAGUUUACACAGUAACCCAAAGCAAAGAAAGACCAAUACAUGUUGAUUGUGAAUGCAUUUUAUCCAUUUUUCAAGAAUUGACCUCUUACAUUCAUUAGAAAUUCAUUACAUUCACGAGCAUGGCAUAUCCUCCUUUUAUAUAAUACUUGGUAAUCUUUGUUGGAUUUAAAAUCUGAGCACUUUAUAUUUGUUAUUACAGCGGAUGAUAUUUAUUUUUAAUGUUUGUUCUAACUGUUGCUAGUAUAUAGAAAAUUCAACUGACUUUUGUGUAUUUAUAUUGUAUCAGGGACAUUAGAUCCUCUUUCUAAUUUAGAACUUUACUUACAAAUUGUUUUGAAACACUAGAUGGUUUUGUAAUCUGUAAUUAAUGAGAAUUAUAUUUCCACCCUUGUAAACUUAUAUAACUUUUUACUGUUCUUAUUGCAUUGUUAGGGUUGUCUAUAAAAUAUUGACAGGGCUUCGUGAUAGUAAUUGUCCUUAAACUAUAAUGUUCAUGACGUGCUGCUACAUCUCACCUCUGAGCAAAAUCUAUGCUGUGUGUAUUUAAGAAUCUUAUCAGGCAAUAGUGUUCCCUUUUCCCUGAGUUUGAUAAGUGAACUUUGUACCAUUCAUGCAUGAGCUUAUCCAAUUCCUUUACUGUGUUUAUUGUGACUGUCACAUUGCUUUGCUUUUAUCUACUAAUGUAGUGUAUUAUGUGAACCUAUAUAUAUUUUUUUUCUUUUGAGAUUAAACUAAACCUGGUUUGCUAUGAUAAAACUAGCCUGACAAUGUUUCAUGAUGCUUGUGUAUGUAAUGGAAUUGAAUUUGUUAAUAAUUAAGAUAGGAUGUUUGCACCAGUAAUUGUAAUUGCAAUUUUUCUCAUGCCACAGUGUCUAAUUUUGAAACCAACAUAGUUGGUGACAUGAAAUAAGUUGAGGAUAAUUUAUUUUUAUAUUUUCUAGAAGAGUUAUUCCUAAGAUUGAUGGGAUGUUCACUUGUAAAGCAGCAUGACCAUUGUGCUUUUUUUGUGGGAA